GUAUUAAGAAAUGAUUUCAGAUUUAUCUUAUCUGUUUCUUUUAUGUGAAUUGCAGUAUUUAUUAUUAACAUGGUGCAAUAAAAACGUGAUAUAAAAAUUAGAAAAGUACAAUUGUAUGUAGGAUAGAGGAGAGAGAUUUAUCUUACUGAUUAUGUAUAAUAUCCAUUUAAGCGCAUAGUCUAUUUUCAUCUUAUUUUUCAUAAAUUUGAUCAUCUCCGUUAUAAUGAUUCUAUCCUAUACGCAAGAUAAAACAGUGUGUGUCAUAAUUCAGACGCGAAGUUGAUUGAUAAAAUUUUUGAUUGAAAAAACAAUGCAGGAGAUAACAAAUUCUUCUUCAAUCGACAAUCGCAACUCUGUCGGAAAAGAGGAGGAGGGACUUGGUGCGAUUUGUGUUGAUAAAAUGGUUCAUUUAUCUUAGGAAAAUUUUCUACGUCAAAUAUUAUAAAUACUAUGAUGAACCUUAAAGAUAACGCGGCCCCGGCAUGAAGUAGCAUCUUUUUUUAAACGAUUGUGCCUGCCUACAUUUAGCUUACGACAGUUGUCCAUUUCAUUGGACCACGCGCUUUGACGCAAGGAUAAUACGCCGUCUGACGAAUCAUCAACGGGGGCGCGCAGUCGCCAGUAACUCGGUGCCUUCUUCGGAAAUCAUUUUACUCCUAUAAGAAAUUUUGUACUUCACCAAUGGCAGAUAAAUUACGAGAAGGUCUUCUUCUGGGUAUGGGAAAUCCCCUGCUUGAUAUAUCUGCAACAGUAGAUAACAAUUUUCUGGAGAAGUAUGACUUAAAAGCCAAUAAUGCUAUUCUUGCGGAUGCAAAACAUAAACCUCUAUAUGAUGAGUUAGUAGAGCUGUGCAAUGCUGAUUUUAUCGCUGGUGGUUCUGUACAGAAUACAUUGAGAGUAACACAAUGGUUCUUGGAUAAGUCAAAAAUUGCAACUUACAUGGGUUGUGUAGGUAAAGACAAAUAUUCAAAAAUACUAGAAGAGCGAGCUGUUACAAAUGGCUUAAAUGUUUGCUAUCAAUAUACGGAUAAGGAACCAACUGGAACUUGUGCUGUUCUUAUCACCGGAAAGGAAAGAUCUUUGUGCGCUAAUUUAGCAGCUGCAAACUGUUUCUCAACUUCGCAUAUAGAAAUACCAGAAAACAAGAAACUUAUAGAAAUUGCUGAAUAUAUUUAUAUUUCUGGAUUUUUCUUAACCGUUAAUCCAGAAGUAAUUCAAAUAGUGGCUAAGCAUGCAUGUGAAAACAAUAAAAUGUUCAUAAUGAAUCUCAGUGCACCAUUUAUAUCCGAAAUUUUUAAAAAACCAUUAGAAGAUGCUUUCCCUUAUAUAGAUAUUUUGUUUGGUAACGAGACAGAAGCGGAUGUGUUUGCUAAAACUCAUGAUUUUGAGACAAUAGACAGAAAAGAGAUAGCAUUGAAAAUAUCUCGUAUGGAAAAAGUCAAUAAAAAGAGGAAUCGGAUUGUCAUAAUUACUCAAGGUUCUGGACCAGUUAUUUUAGUUAAAGACAAUGAAGUAAGAGAAUAUUCUGUUACCAAAAUCCCAGAAGAAAAUGUAAUUGAUACUAAUGGUGCUGGAGAUGCAUUCGUAGGAGGUUUUCUUGCACAACUUAUUCAAGGGAAAGAUAUAGAAAUAUGUAUAAAGUGUGGCAUUUGGGCUGCCACACAAAUCGUACAAACAUCUGGAUGUACUUACAAUGGCAAACCUGACUUUAAACUUUGAUUGAAUAUAGACUUAUUAGCAAUUGUAAAUCCUGUACUUAAAUAAAUACCUUAAUAACUUUU